CGUUACGUAUUUUAACCAAAAAGUUAUUAAGAAUGUCCUCUCGUACGGUUUAAUUGUACUCUGUGUAUAAGUUGUUGUUGUAAAGUUGAGAAAGUUGAAAACCAUGAACCUAACAGGUUUAACCGUGAGGAAAAAUGAAACUUUUUAUGAGUUAUACAGAGCAGUUUACCUUUAUCAAAACACUUCUGCCAACAGUGUAAACUAAGUUGUGUACCUGACUGGUGCAACCGACGCUGUUCUCUAGGUGAAAAUACGUGGACAUCAUUAAAGGGCCCCUGCCAGCACUUGGAUCCGUUCUUCUGUGUCCCCGGGUUUAGACUGCUUGGUUUAUGGCUCAGAUGGACAAGCACAAACAGAUCAAGCGGCAGAGACUGGACCGCAUUUGUGAGGGUAUCCGACCCCCAAUCCUGAAUGGGCCGAUGCACCCUCGGCCUCUGGUGGCCCUGCUGGAUGGACGCGAUUGCACUGUGGAGAUGCCCAUCCUCAAAGAUGUGGCCACUGUGGCUUUCUGCGAUGCCCAGUCCACACAAGAGAUUCACGAGAAGGUGCUAAAUGAGGCAGUGGCUGCUCUGUUGUACCACACUAUCACUCUAUCCAGAGAUGACUUGGAAAAGUUUAAAGGCCUACGAGUAAUUGUCAGGAUCGGCUCCGGCUUCGACAACGUUGAUGUCAAAGCAGCCGCAGAGCUGGGCAUCGCUGUGUGUAACGUGCCAGCGGCUUCAGUGGAGGAGACAGCCGAUACUUCGCUAUGUCUGAUUCUCAACCUGUACAGGCGAGUCACCUGGAUGCAUCAAGCCUUAAGGGAAGGAACCCGUGCUUCUAGUGUGGAGCAGAUCAGGGAGGUGGCCGGUGGUGCCGCUCGUAUCCGGGGCGAGACGCUGGGCAUUAUCGGUCUAGGGCGUGUUGGCCAAGCGGUGGCUCUGCGGGCAAAGGCCUUUGGUUUUGGUGUGAUCUUUUACGACCCUUACCUGCCCGAUGGUGUGGAGCGCUCCCUCGGCCUGCAGAGAAUGGCCACUCUGCAGGACUUACUCAUCCACUCUGACUGUGUGUCCCUGCACUGCAGCCUCAACGAGCACAACCACCAUCUCAUUAAUGAUUUCACCAUCAAACAGAUGCGUCAAGGAGCCUUCCUGGUGAACACAUCUAGAGGAGGUCUGGUGGAUGAGAAAGCACUGGCUCAGGCCCUAAAGGAAGGUCGGAUACGAGGCGCCGCCCUGGACGUCCAUGAGACAGAACCCUUCAGUUUUUCAACAGGCCCUCUGAAGGACGCACCCAACCUGAUCUGUACCCCGCACACAUCUUGGUACAGUGAGCAGGCCUCUGUCGAGGCUCGUGAAGAAGCAGCCAGAGAAGUGCGCCGGGCCAUCACUGGGCGUAUCCCCGACAGUCUGAAGAACUGUGUUAAUAAGGAGUAUCUAAUGGCAGCCUCUCAGUGGCCUGGUAUGGAGGCAGCUACUGUUCACCCAGAACUUAAUGGAGCCACCUACAGAUUUCCUCCAGGGCUGAUCAACGUUGCAGCAGCAGGUGGCCUCCCAGGAGCUGCCGCAGGUGUUGAAAGCUUGGUUCCAGGAACCCUGGCACACGGCAUCGCCCCUGUGUCCCACCCCCCUCACGCCCCAUCCCCAGGGCAGCCUACUAAGGCCGAAGCCGACAGAGACAUCCCUUCCGACCAAUAGCCCCCCCCACCACCAUCAGCACAUUCCGUCAUCUCUGGAAACCAACCCCUGCCUCCCAGGAUCAGACACAACCCAACCCUCCAGUACAUCGGCAGCACCAGCUUGACCUGACGUGGCUCUACAGUCUUUUCUCAGAUCACAUAACCAGCCCAGGAGUGACCUGUCCACACCACAACAAAUCCUCUCCCUCCAGAACACACCUUUGCCUCCAUCCUCAUCUCACCCAUCAUCCCCUCUUCUCCUUCACUCCCCCACUACGUCAGCAAUAACUGUUCUCAAGGAUUCAGUGAUUGGAUUGGAUUAUUACCUUAGUUGGUUGUUGUUUUAAUGGAAAGUUGAUCUGUUCUGGUUCUAGGUGUUAAUGUUUGUUUAAAAAAGAGAAAAAGGAAAAAAAAAAGCAUUUCUGACACGAGGCUUUACAGUCUGCCUCCUGCAGUCCUCCUCUGACCACUAGAGGCACAGACACAGAAAAGUUGAAGCCCCACUUUUGUACAUUAAUGGCUCAUGUUACUGCUCUUUUCCUCGUUUCUUUUCUUCUUUUUCUUAUCCUUACCAUACUGCUCAUGAUUGGGGCAGGGAUGUGUACUGAAGUAAAACAUGAAAACAGGACAGAAUCACAAGCAGUACAUCAUCUUCUCCCUACCAAGUAUCUAGUUAACCCUUUAGCCCACUUUGGCUCUUGUCUCUCCCUGGCACUAUCAGCUUGCUCAGCAGAGGGAUCCAUAAUGUUGUCAGUGUGGAGCUCUCUGACUUUCAUGGUGUGUUUUAUCUGCUAAGCUCAUCUGUGAGUAUUAAACCCAAUAUCCUUUGUCAACUUUCACUCCUGUGAUUGUCUAGUUUUAGGACAGUGAUCCCUGUAUUUACACAUGCUUUUUCCCCUUUUGGAUUGUUAUGUCAUGAGAUAAAAGCUCUGAGCAUCAUAUCAGAGAGAUACCUGCAUGUCCUGGUAUGAAUUUCUAUCUCUUGUGUGUACUUGAGGUCCUGUGCUCCUGGUGUCCACAAGGACUUGAAUGCAGCAGUUUUUUUGUUUAUUUUUGUUUGUUUGUUUUGUUUUGUUCCCCCCACCCGGCUGGCAAACCAGCAGCAUUUCAGCAGAGGGCGCUGUCUGGCUGCUCAGAGCAGAGGGAGCUGCCUGCGGCUUAUUUCAGUUACAGGUAACUUAGUGAUGAAGAACAUGAUCACACACUGCCGAUGUUCAAAACGCAUGAGGGGGUGACCAGGGAUAGAUUUACCGCCUUAUUGUUAAGAUCACACCAUACUCACUCACCCACCCCCCCACUCUUCUCCCACUGUCAUACUCCACCCUAAACAUUGCUCAUGCAGCCACCAAUUCCUCAAAGUGCAAGGGGACGGUAGAGAUUAGAUUCUCCGUAGGAGCAAAUGGGACAGUGUUCGUGCAUGCUGGCUCAUUAGUGACAGUGGUGUGCGUGUGUGCGUGCGUGUGUGUGUGUGUGUGUGUGAUUGUGUGGGUUUGUGUGUGAGUGUGUUUGUAUGUUCCCUCACCCUUAUAACAAGCUGUUGUCGUUCCAAAGGAAUAGUCCCUAGGAGUAACUCUUAAACGCUCUUGCCCUGGUGUCAAGGGAACACCUUUCUAGUACCUCAGUAACAGAUAUUGAAUGUACCGUGCAUACCCUUUUAUUUUUUUGUACAGAUUUUCUAGAUGCAUCUUUACUAUUCUUUACUAUAAGGGUUGUAAAAUUGUAGCAGUAAUGAUACAAUUUAAAAAUAAAAAAAAAAGCCCCAUGAAAUAAUUUGACAAAAUCUUUGUAGGUUCAAUAAGGUCAAUAAAUACUCAGGCAUUAAAAUCAAUGCGUAUCUCUUUGCCUUUACCUUUUUAUUUCCUCGUGGAAGAUUUCAGCACAGACUUCAGACUGUAGUUGAUGUGUUUAAAUCCCAAUCCUUACUGGCUAAUGAAAAAUGAAAAGAAAAAAAAAAAAACAGGCGGUCGUUGUGAUCUGCUAGUUUUCUUUUACUAGAACAGUAGUAGUAGAUGCAGUUUUGUUAUUCACUUAAUCCCCUUUCAUCGUCAAGCUGCUCUAUCUAUAGUGCAUGUGAGGUAAUUUUUAAGGGGAAAUACUAUUGCCCCCUCCUACCAUACCCCACCAAGUGUUUCCAACCCGAGUUGCCAUGUUUGUCGUGGUCAGUUUCCAGUGAUGUACAGUUUUCCCCUCAGAGUCUAUGACAGACAUGGAGCAUGUCGGUGUCCCGAGAUGUUAGGCUCCUCUGUCAUGUGAUGAGUAUAUAUUUUUAAUAAAUAACCCCCAUAGUUUGGAUUAUGAGCAUAAUAGUAAUCUUAAAUUUUUGCUGUUUGAUGAUGAUGAUGAUGAUGAUGAUUAUAUAUCUAUUUUUCUUUUCAGUUCAUCGGUGCACUGUUAUGAAAACCAUUGUUUCAUUUUAAUGGAUAUGCUGUCUGUGUUCUACAUGUUGUACUGAAACAUUUCAGAGAUCAAGAGAUCCCUCUUCCACCCUGCCCCAUCCCCCCCCCCCUUAUUUAAAAAUUCGUCUUAUCCCACCACCUCUCCCCUCCAGCUGAUAUCCUGUUGGCCUUACUUACUCUCUCCCCGUAACAGUAGCUGUUAGAGAAAUUCGCCAUGGAACCACUCACUGCCUUAAUACAGUUGACCACAGCAGGUGAAGUCAGGAGACGCACCCAGCCGAAAAAGAAAAGAAAAGCUCAGGCCACAUUCAUGGCCUCACCGCAGAAAGCUCCUCACACCCCAGCAAGUCUGCUGCACUUUGUGUUUCUUUGUCAGUAAUGAACCACAUUUAGCCUUGCGUGAACACUUUUAGCUCAUUCUGCAGCACAUAAAUCCUGUGCUGUACAGCAUUAUUUUUUAUAUAUUAUUUUUUGCUCCCUGAUAUUUUUUGUGUG